GGAAAGGUAUGAAUUCCUAUUUCGCAAACCCGUCGCUCUCAUGCCAUUUAGCUGGUGGCCAGGAGGUUCUACCCAACGUGGCCCUAAAUUCAACCACCUAUGACCCGGUUCGGCACUUCUCGUCGUACGGCGCGGCUGUGGCGCAGAACCGGAUAUACUCAUCGCCUUUCUACUCUCCUCAAGACAACGUAGUUUUCGGCUCUGGUCGGGGACCAUACGAUUAUGGAUCAAAUGUAUUCUACCAGGACAAGGACGUCCUUCCCAGCUGCCGGCAGAGUAGUCUGGGCCAGGGUGCACAGAGUUCGCUAGGACAAGACUAUUCCACGGAGCAAGGCAGAAGUGUGACUCAGGACCCGAAGGGCAGCAUUCAGAUUUACCCGUGGAUGCAGCGCAUGAACUCUCACAGUGGAGUUGGAUACGGGUCAGACAGACGAAGAGGACGUCAGAUCUACUCCCGAUACCAAACUCUCGAACUCGAAAAGGAAUUCCAUUUCAAUCGUUACCUGACGAGACGUAGGCGCAUCGAAAUUGCAAACAUGCUCUGCCUCACUGAGCGCCAGAUCAAAAUCUGGUUCCAAAAUCGCCGUAUGAAAUGGAAAAAGGAAAGCAACCUGACCACCACCGUCACAGACGCAUCGGGGGCCGGCCAGGAGACGGGCAAGGAGGACGCUGACGAGGCGACAGACGAGAAGAAGGAGUAAGCGUCGCCUUCGACAAGCAUUAGUGCAGUACAGUCAACAAUCGUGAUGUACGGAUAACGUAAACUACCUAUUGACUACCUUUCGUUUGGCACAACUCAUUGACAUGAAAGAAGACAUGGAGUGCUUUAAAAUUCGAUGCGUACUCAUCAGCCUAUGCUCUACCAUUCCU